UUUUCCGAAACUUCCACAUCCCCCGCUUCGCCCCUUUUUUCAAAUCCCCCGCUUUGCCUCCCUGCGACGAUCUCGUCGCCCUCUAUCGCCACUUCUUCGUCGCCGCUUGUCGUCACUCGCAGCACCCACGCUGCCGAUUAUCUUCGCCAGUCGCCUUGCGGAAGGCAACGGAGGCUGGCGACGGAGGCUGUUGGAGCGAUGAAGCGGAAGACGCCAUUGGAACUUAGGAGUGAACAGUUGAAGCAAAGAAAUCGUCAGAUAAUUGAAGAAAAAAUUGUGCCUACUCGUCUUGCUUCAGAAAGUAUUGAGAUCAGGAAAAGUGAACAGUUGAAGAUUCAAAAAUAUUUUAAUAUUCGUGUCAAUGAUGUCUAUCCUAUUAAGAAGUCAAGUGAAAGAUGUAGAGUUUUAUAUGAAGAUGCAAUGGCCAAGGAUCUUUCGAGUGUUAGUGGAUUUCCUAAUGUUGUUCUUAACCCUUCUGGUCCUUCUUUACAAGUCGAGGGCAAAACAUCAAUUUUGUGUGAAAAUGUGUCUGGGUUAAAUGAACUUGAAGGUGCUGAUCAAUCAUGCACAGAUAAGAGUUUUCAAGGUUUCCGGAAGAUCGAUAGAUGUAGCCAAAAUAUGCUGCGUAAUGUUGUCGAGCUUCAUCUGGGAGAUGAGACCCUUGCAACUUCUGCCAAAAUUGAUAUGGAAAAAGCACUUAGGGGGUUGGAUGUUCAUCAUAUUCCUGCCAGCUUAACUAUGGUGCCUGUUGGUCCUGGAAAAAUGGAUAAUCAUCCUUCAAAUUCAAGUGCUUUUGGUUCUGAAUUUGAGAUGUCAGGUCGUAGAACCACUUCUGAAUUUGAGAUGUCAGGUCCUAGAAUCCCUUUUGAUUUUACCCUGAAAACCAGUGUGCGGUUGGUCUCUUCAUCAUCUGUUAAAUGGUGCCACAGGUCGUUUGCAACCCCCCCAAUUGAUGCAAGCUGUAAUCUGUACAGCUUGUCGUCUAUAGAUGGUGCUACUGCCCAGGUGAAGUUCUAUAAAUCACUUCACUCAUGGGUAUAUCCCCAGUCUUCUCUACCUGCUUCAGUUGUGUCAGUUUUAGCUUCAUCUGCUGGAAAGGAAGAAGCACACUUUUGGCUGAAAAGGCAGCAGGAUUGGGAAGACUCACUUCGAAGCCUAUACUACAUGCUAAGAAAGAACAUUUGUAACAUGUUUUAUGUUUAUACUGUGCAGUUUGUGGCUUUAUUCAUUGGUGGCAACUUAUUGGGGAAAAAGAAGCGCUCAUGUAUUGCUUACGUAUCACAAUCUACACGUGGUCUACGAUCCUUGCUAAGAAAAAAUAAAAUAAAUUUUACCAUGCCACUCGGUGGUGUUGAAGUGGAGCACUCAAUUGAUGACGACUUGGUUGAACUUAUGGAAAUUGAGAAGCGAAAAUUGGGCCAGAUUUUCCAUCUGAGCUCAUCGAUGGAGAACGUGGAUAACACUUCUCGAUCCCUCCUUUCAUUUAGUGGACAUGAGGAGGUCCAAUCUCUAUAUGAUAUACUCAUAAACUACAGGAAAACCUUGCAUUCCUUUACUGGUUCAGAUGUUCCUGUCUUGUUUGCACCUGUCCCAUUCCAGAAUGCAACCUUACAUUUCCAGAGAUGACAUGUAAGGAGAUAAGGAAAGCUGAUAUGAUCUUUACAUCAUCUAGUGGCUCAAACACUAGUGAUACAGAAAUGACACCAGGUUUUGGUGGACUUUGUUUUAGCGUUGAACUAAAGGAUACAAUUAUUCCACCAUGGGUCGUCUAUGGUGUUUGGUCAGCGAUGAGCGCCGGGGGGACUAGUUUCCAGUCUCUUUUGAGGACUGAUCCUUUGUCACUUGGCUUAAAUGUUGCCCUUAAAUCUGUCUGCUCUGAAGUGCAAGAUGGUGGUGCCUCUGGCCUUCCUGCUGCGAUUAUGAACCCUUCUCUGAGCGGUGCGGCUCUACAACAGCUCAAUUUUUCUGAUGGUGUAUAUACUGCUAACAUCACACCCAUUCUUUGAUGAUUAAAAAACCAUGCCCCGUAAUGAAAAAAGUCUCUUCCUACAAGUGUUUAUUUCCUUAAAUAUGAUCUUAUUCCAGAGAUGCUCAAGUCGGAAUUGGAUCGCUGGUGUUGAUCUGUCUAACUUGGACUAGAAUGAAAAAGCUUUUUCAUGCUGCAAAUUAUGUAUUUGAUUGCUUGUAUCUUAUUUUACAAUUCUCUAUCAUGCGAAUUAAACUU